AUGGUCAAAGACGACGAAACUGUCAUUGAAGAGUUCAAUGAACUCGUCAACAUGACUGCCGACGAGCUCGAAGCCUGGCUAAAGGAAGAGCAAUCCGAGUCUUCUGGCUGGUCCAAAUCCGACGGCUCCGGCGAAACAAUCGGCCAUGAAAGCGGCCGCAAAAUAAUCGAGAUCCUGAAAAAGAACCCGGAAAAGGACCCUUCGAAAUACGACGAAGACGACAUUGCGCACAUGCGGCGAGUAGCGGCAUAUUGCAAACGACACCUGGCGCAGGAGGAGAAGGCGAAGCAGGAUACAAAUAGUAAGAGUUAUAAGAGUCUGAAAAAUUGGGGACAUGAUGCACAGAAGACUUGA